CGUUCACCAACCGCCGACUUCGACAUCCCUCGACGACACGGUUCUGAGUUCCUGCGCAAACCUUGCAAGUGCUUGCGAAGGAAUUGGAUGCCAUUGAUCCCCAGUUCCCACCGAAUAUCUUGUCCUCAGACCACCGCGACUCAGCGACACGUCAGCCUUGCAGUUUGCUCUCUCCUGACAUCUUCCCGCAUCGCUCCAAGCAAACCCACCACUCCAACCGCGGCACCGAGUCAUACUCAACCUCACUGUUGUUCGGUUGCUUUAUACUUCCAUUUUAUGGCUGGCUGUUUGCGAAGGGCCCUCCUUAUUCAAUAAACUCGUCUAGGCGCCACAUCGUUGGCUCUGGAAGAACAAGGACACGCAAGCAGACACCGAAGGAUCCACCAGUACGAUUCCCAACAACAUGGCACAACACGGAUUCCCAAUGGGCGGGCACAGUGGAGGAGGCAUUGACCCGAACGACCUGGCCAUGGGGGCCAAUUUUCAUGGCUCCUUCCAAAACAACUACCUCAACCACACCAACAACUCGUCGAAUGGGUUUUCUAGCGGCUCAGCUUUGUUUGGAGACGAUGAACUUCUCGAUGGUUUGAACAGUCCCAGUGAUCCUCAUGUCGGAAUGCAGGGUCAUGGGCAAGACUUUGGCGGAAUGAAUGAUGUUGGCAUGAACUUUCCGGAUUCUUACCAUCAAAGCCUGCCCAUCAACCAAGCUCAUACAAACGGCUAUUCGAGCACUCCCGACGGCGAUCCGAUAGCAUCGCCAUUUGUCCAUAACUUCUCGCAUUUUCGGCAAAUGCAGCACCCUCAAUCCUUCGGAACAUCGCUCCAGUCGCCCAUGUCAUACGCUGGGUCACCAUUGGCGAAUACCGACAUGAACAGUGAUGGGACUGACCCAAAUUUCUUGAGCGCAAAGGCACAUACCAGGAUACCGCAAACCAUGCAGCGCAAGUCGUCCACCACACGAAGCCCUCUUACCCCCAAGGCGAUAGACAUGGCCGGACUGUCGGUGAACUCGGGAUCAUUUGGCCCUCAGCCCAUCAGAACAUCAGGCCCCCACCAUGAGAAGUCCCAUUCCGCGCAAUGGAUGCAAACCCCACAGAGUCUCUCCUCGUUUCCUGGGUCUGGUUUCUCCUCACCUCUUCAGGCAGGCCUUCAUGGCCCCCAUGCUCAGAUCAAUGACAUUCUGUUGAAGGGCGGCACAUCCAUGCCCGCCAAGCUUGGCACCGCGACCUCCUCUGUGUCGACACAAGAAGCAAAGAGGAAGAGGAGGCGCGAGUCACAUAACCUCGUUGAAAGACGGAGACGUGAUAAUAUCAACGAGCGCAUUCAAGAUCUUAGCAAGCUUGUCCCUGCCCAUCGUCUAGAGGAUGAAAAGAUUCGCAAGGCAAUUCAAAACGGAACGCCCCUUUCACCCACGCUUGCGGGCAUUUCAAGUCCUUCCCAAGCCACAUCAGCCCUAGCUGGACCUGGAGCCAGACGAGCGGCUGGCAGCACGGCUGGAAACAUUACGACAGGCCUGCCGAUUGAGGAGAAGGAUAAGGGCCCCAACAAGGGCGAUAUUUUGAAUGGUGCGGUGAGCUGGACUCGAGAUCUUAUGUGGAUGGCCUACCUCAAGAUCCAACAACAAGAAGAGCUCAUCAAUGCCUUGUUGGAGCGUGGGGGUACGGUACCCUUUGAGAUCACCGAUGAUGAGAAGCGGAUGCAGACAGAGCUUAUGGAGGCCAUUGCCAGAGGAGAGGACGGUAGCGGGAAGACCCGGGGUUUCUCGUACUCUCGCACGGCUGGCACUGGCCUUCGCGUUCCCCAUCAUACGGACUACAAGGGUGAGCCCUUGAACACCAACGGUGUCAAUGGCGAACACCUUUCCACCAGUCCCGCCCAUGGUGGCGCCGACGGGAAGUUCAACGAUGGCCUCGAUGCCGGCGACUUCCUUGAAUAUGAGGAUGACGGCGCUGACAUGGAGUUCAAAGAGGAGGACGAGUAUGGAAUGGACUUGACUCAAUGAUCGUAGGAAUCGGAUUUGGUUGAUCGCGAUGCUAGUGUGGAUUAUAGUUUAUCUUCUCUUUUCUUUUGUUGCGAACGCAGGGCGGGGGGCUUUCUCAUCUCUUAACCAUCGCUUGGAACCCUAUGGACAUAUCAUUUAUUAUCUCGGCCAUGAUCAUCACUUGACAGGCUUUCAUAUCCCUGAUCUGCAUUUUCAUCGCAGCGGCACAUUGGGAACGGGGU